AUGGCAGACGCAACAUCCGAUUCGUCGAUAUCUUUAAGUAGUGGCAACAUUAAUGGGGAAUUGAAAAGAACGAGAAGACAAAUCACGUCCAUCAACGUUUGCCCCAAGGAACAAUGGCGGUGCCGCGACGGUUACUGUAUCAGCGUCGACGACGUUUGCGAUGGCGUCCCCAAUUGCCCUGACAGCUCCGACGAGAGUCACGCUCUUUGCAGGAACAUGAGGUGCCCGUCGAACCUGUUCCGCUGUGCAUAUGGGGCCUGCGCGCCUGGACAUGCUGCCUGCGACGGCGUCAUCCAUUGCGCAGAUGCCUCCGACGAGCUCAUACCGCGUUGCAGAUACGAGAUCGACGAGAUCGACGGGCAGUUCAUCUGCCAGAGCGGCGAGCUGAUAGCGGCGGGCAGCCGGUGCGACGGCGCCGCGGACUGCGCCGACGGCUCGGACGAGUCGGUGCGCGCGUGCGGUUCGAUGGUGUGCCCGCCCCACUUGUUCCAGUGCGCGUACGGCGCCUGCGUGGACGGCGGCUCGCACUGCGACGGGAAGGUAGAUUGCGCUGACCUUUCCGAUGAGAGCGAAGAACUUUGCGGCCUUCCGUCAUCAAUCGGAGAGGUGACUUCAAGGCCUAAUAUCAACCAAGGCGGUCAGUGUGUCCUGCCCGCUUACCCUGAGCACGGGACCUAUCGAGUGGUGGGGAACAACCGCUCGUUCCCUGGACAACUUCUCCUCAAUCCGGUGCUGGAAGUCAGCUGCGAAGAGGGCUACUCCUCGAACGCGACAUCUUCCAGCGUCUACUGCGAAAACGGCGUCUGGUCGGGACCGAUGCCUCGUUGCCUUCGCCAGUGCGCGAUGCCACCGGACCCCUCCGUGACGUACGUGUGCGUCGCGGCCGACGGCGCGUCGCGGCCGUGCCGCGCCCUCGAGCCGUCCGGCACCAGCGCCGCGCCGCGCUGCCGCGACCACUUCCGCGCCGCGCGGCCGCACCGCCGCGCCCUCUGCGACGACGGCCGCUGGCUGGAGCUCGCCAGCUGCGUGCCCGAGUGCGGUACAGCGGUGUCGCAGGUGGAACAGCUGAUGAUCGGCGGCAGGGGCGCGAGUAGGGGGGAGCUCGCUUGGCACGCGGGAAUCUACCGGGGGUCGAACCGGGAACAGAUUUGCGGCGGCUCGCUGCUCAAGCGUCGAGUCGUCGUCUCGGCCGCCCACUGCUUCUGGGACAAGAAGAUUGGCGGGAAGGCGCCGCCGGGUGACUACGCGGUGGCGGUUGGCAAGAUACACCGCGAAUGGGCGGACAGGCGGGACGCGGACGCCCAGAAGAGGAACGUGGUGGACGUGAAGAUGCCGCAGACGUUCAGGGGCCCAGAGAACAACUUCCAGGAGGACAUUGCGCUGGUGUUCGUGGACAGGCCGUUCGAGUACACGGCCUACAUAAGGCCCGUAUGCCUGGACUUCGACGUGCUGUUCGACCAGGAACAGCUGCGGCCAGGCAGCAGGGGGAAGGUAGCGGGUUGGGGUCUGACGGGCCCCAACGGCGAGCCCUCUCAGGUGCUCCGCGUGGUGGAGCUGCCCGUUAUUGAGACAGGCGAGUGCCUCGAUAGGGCGCCAGCUGAUUUCAAGGCGGCCAUCACCGUGGACAAGAUCUGCGCAGGAUUCUACAAUGGCACGGCGCUGUGCAAGGGCGACAGCGGGGGCGGGCUCUCGUUCGCGGGGCAGGAGCGGGGCGUGGCGCGCUUCUACCUGCGCGGCGUGGUGUCGACCGCGCCCCGGAACGAGGACGUGUGCAACGCGCGGACGGUGACCACCUUCACCCGCGUGACGGCGCACGCGCUCUUCCUCAACGCCCACCUGCCCGACGACGUC